AUGGAGUCAAGACUGAAACCGACACAUCCACGGGAUGAGGACGGGAAUGUGGACCAUCCACACUCCAAGAGACUUCGUGGUGCUCUCAACCCGGAGCGUGAAACCCAGGUGAAGGAAUGGAUGCGCAGGCAUCGCGCUUGGGUGAACUUCGUUCAACAAUUGAACGAGAAGGAGGAAGGAGUGCAAAAGGCGGAGAUGGAACAAAAUUGUGUCGACAAGCUGCUGAUCUCGGUGACCGAGCAGGAGGAAUCUUUACCGGCGCUGCAACAGAUCGGACUCGAGGUCGUGAAGGCAGGUCAACGAGACUUAGCAGUCCUUGCCAUCGAAUUGGGCAAGCUUUAUGAUGCGGCUCACCCUCGCGAAAUCGCCGGUUCAUACCAACAGUCAAUAAUGGAUGUAGCUUCAGUAGAAGCCCAGGAAGAGGCCACGGUCAAGGCAUGGAUCUCCGAAUAUGUAGGAGAUACCGUGAACCUCUUUCACGACCACUUUAAAGGUUCCGCCCCACAGUCCGUCGGCGGACCGGCCCUCUAUUCCAAAAGCUUUGUGAUAGCGAAUUCUUCUGGCAUGGGCAAGACUCGUAUGAUUGACGAAUCGUCUAAAACACUGUUUACCGUCCUUUUUGUGCUCAGGGAUACGACGGACGGAUUCCCUCCUCCAGACGCCGGCGUGCUGGCGUAA